UGGCAUGUUAGAGCAGACAGCAAUGGCUUCGAUUGUGUUGCGGGUCAUGUCUCUGACUUUGGGACUCUUCUUUGUUUUUGUGGGCACGAUUAAGCUCACACCGUCGGUUAAUGGAGAAAUAUACAAAGAAAUGAGGAAAACAUACAUUCGAAACUCAAAAGUUUUUCCGCUUGUAAAACAAACUGGAUGGAAACCAAAUCCUCACACUUACCGGAAAGCUGUGGGAACAGCCGAGGUUGUAUGUGGCAUUCUUUUGGCAUUUGUACCAGGUGCACUGAAGGAAGCAAGCAAUGUUGUGCUCUUAACAAUCACAGUCAACGACAUCUAUGCCCACUUUGCUCUUGAUGAAGGAUUGGAGAAAAUGAGCCCAGCUAUCGUGUUUGCGCUACUAUUGACCUGUCGACUUAUCAUCUUCCUGCAAUCUUUGACAGCAGAGCCCAAAUCUGUGUUUUCCAAGAAAGUACGCCCUGAACAACCUGUAGCUCCACCAGAAGAAAAGAAAGACCAGUGAAGGAAUUAUUUAGCCAGUUUUUGUUUGAUCUCAAGGUGACAUGUUUAAAAUCACCAAAACAUCUAAGUAAUGCUACUUUUUUUUAUAUAUCCAGGACUCCAAUAAUCAAUAACAUCUUUGAAAGUAUUGAUCUGUAUGUAAAUUGAUAUAAACCUGAUAAAAGACUUUUACUGUAGGAGUUUCAUAUUACAUUUUGUAUAUUUGUAGUCCUGAGGUCCUUUUGCAACCAGGCCAGAAAAUACACUAUUUCAUUUUCCAAAUAUAUCUUUGGUGAUCUGAAUGUGGAAAGUAUCCUCCUAUACAAGAACUUGAAUGUAUAAGAGCUGUAAAACUAACUCUGUUUUCAGAGACUACUGCCAACUUAGUGAAAAGGGGAGUAUAUAUAUAUACGGUAUAAACGUUGUUUCAGUCUGAAUGUUUGACUCAUUGAUAUGUUUGGUAAUUCAACAUGCAACAAUGAUCUGUAAUCAUUGAAAAAUAGUCUGUAAGAAUUAGGAUUGAAAUCCUAGAGCGAGAGAGGUUAGAUUUGUAGCUCCAUAUUGUGUACUUCUCAAUUAUAUGAUUAUGAUAAGUCUGCUAAAUGAUACAGUGGAUAAGUAUCCCGAUCAGCAUUUGUUAUUACAUGAAAAACAAUUUAUUUUUCUUAGCACUCAUCCCAAACAUUAUUACAUUUUGGCAAAAUUUUAGUUGCAAAGUUUUCAUUCAUCCUUGAAUACCUGAAACAAUUACCUUACCCUACCUUUGGGCAAUUGGUGGAGUGCCUAACACUUUCAAGGAAUUAUAAAAUCAUAUGAUGAAAUAUUUUGGUUGAAUAUAUGUCAAUUUUUUUUAUCAUUUUGAAUCCUGUCUUUGGUUUAUCUUUUUAAGAAAAGACUUAAGUUAAAUAUUGCAACAAGGUUAUGCUCAGGAAUUGGGACAAAUUUUGUUUAAAUGCCUGCAAAUUGACUAGUAUUUGCCUACAGCAUUAUGACAGUGUCCAAUUUCUUGCUAGUAGUUGUCUGGAGCUACCUCAGAUCUGAUGUGAAAAGGAAUUACUGAUAAAGUGAAAGAAUAAACACAAUUCUAUUUGUUUUGUAUGUCAAACAUUUUUUGAUAAUUUGGGCUGUUGAAAAACAAAACAAAUCAACUUAUCAGCUUCAUUUUGUCAAUUUUGUCAGUCUGCGACUUUAGCCACUAAAGUAAUUUUUUGUUGGGUCUUUUAACCUAAGCUGGUAAUAGUCACUCUGAAAUCUACUCAAAAUGAUGCCAAGAGACAAUAUUGGUCUGGUAGAUUUAAAGGUUUUUGCACAGCCUGUUUUGUACAUUAGUUUGGAGUCAUGCUGUUUUCAUGAAAUCUUCAAAGAUAUUUUGUUAUGAAGGCUGGACCAAACUACAUUGGCUAAAAUCAUGACUUUCUUUCAGUGUUAUGUUUUAUUUCUAAUAUUCUACAUUGUUUUCUGUUUUGUUUGAUCUCACUGGAAAUUAAGUUCUCCACCAAUUUGUUAGAAUAUGUUUUACUUCAAGUUGAAAGUAAAACCUGUUUGCUUAAAAAAGAGACUUUUUCUUGUCUACCAUGCUUUUAAUUAACCAUUUUUUCACACUUUAUUACUGAAAAAUCCGAAGAUGGUGCAUGCCACCUUGCAUUUUGUAGAUACAAUGAUGCUUUCUUAUCCAUGAAAUACCUUUUUCCUACCGUUCAUGAGAAUUAUUUUUGCAAAUGGUUCCUCAAUGAAAUCCUUCUAGCAUGUAAAUUGCAGUUAUUGCUUUCCUUCAAUGCCAGGGUUUGUACAGUCUUGACAAGGCCUUGACUUUUAGUGUUAACCUUGAAGAGCCUUGAAAAUCACCAACAUAGCUUGAAAAGCCGUGCAUUUGUACAAAAUGACAGUUUUGUUAAUAAAAGUAUUAAAGCACACAAAAAUGUGAACCAAGUUUAUGUGAGAUUUAUCAGUGAUAGAUUUGUGUGCAAAGACAAUGAAGAAUUCAUGACAAACUUAAUUUAAUCUUUUAUUGGGUGUGAAAAUAAAUCUUUUUGGAAAAUGUCUGAUUGUCAUACUGCUUUUGAAAGUAUGAUAUAAUAUUAUAGUAUUUAAUACAAUAUUUACUGACUGAGGUUAAUAACCCAACUAAAAAGCCUUGAAAAUGACAGUUGACAGCCUUGAAUGUUUAUUUUCCAUCUCUGUAUGAACCUUAAAUGUAUAUUAAGCACAAUGUAAGACACAACACCAAAACCUUUGUAUAUGUUGCUGUUUGUAAGUUAUUGAUACAAGACAGCCAUUAAAUGGUUCAUAAUUACUGCAACGUUUUGUUCACAAGCCUUCAACUGUAUUGAUGAAAGAUGAUGCAAAUGUCAACCUCAGUUGUCAGGGAUGCAUUCAAGACAAAGCAGUGCGGGGUAGUUUUGUGGUUAGGUGUGCAUCCAAUCAUGAAACAGAAUGUGGUGUAUACGUUUAGGUUUUUAAAUUUAUUAAAUUCCACUUGCAUCAUUUUCCACCUCAGAUAUUUAUUUACCAUAUUUGACGUAAUAA